GUCUGAUACCAAACGCGCGAGCGCAGCUUGCGGUUCCGGUGUUGCGAGCUUGUGGCUUCGUAGUGCUCCGCAGACCGCGGGAAUUGCGCAACAUCAGGCCAUCUCAUGACGAAGCAGCCAGGUUCCGAAACCGACGAUUGCUUGGCGUGCCGCCUUGUUGGCACUGGUGGACUUCUAGGCGCGUCGGCUUACGUGUGGUACCACAGCCGCCACCUGAAGGGACUUGGCAAGUUUGCUGCCUACACUCUUUGCGGCGGACUCUGCUACCUCGGAUGUGCAAGAUUCAUUUCUCUCCCACCAUUCCUGCCCAAGUAAGGAAUAGAUAAGCGGAGAGGCGGCUGUUCUUCGGCGGAACCAUGAAGCUGAAGGAGUUUGAGUACGGAGAGGACGAUCUCGUGUACGACGUGGCGCCGAGCCGUGAGCCAAAGCCGACCCGGUUCGAUGAGCUGUUGCAGUCCAAAUGGAACGAGGCCAUGGCGAACGGCCACUUCUGGUACAAGCUGGAAAAACUGGAGACGCGAAUACUGCCCGGGAAAUACGGAUUCGUGGCGCAGCUCAACACGAAGAGAGCCCAGGAAAGGAGGAAGCCUCAACAUGUCAGUUCCAUUUGCAUGCCAUUUGACGGCAGCAUCUUCAACUUCACAAAGCUCAAAGAGGGAGAGAUGCUGUUUUCUCUGAAGAAUGUUAACAAAGAACAAGACAGUGCAAAAGAAGUGGGGCACUGGGUGGUGAUCAAUGUCAGCCCGGUUGAGUACUGCAAUUCUCUGCUAGUUCCCAGCCUGUACAACUGUCUGCCACAGAUACUCACGCCCGUGUCACUGCGUCUGGCAAUUGAUAUGGUGCUACUAAGUGGCAGCCCAAAUUUCCGUCUUGGUUUCAACAGCCUUGGUGGCCAUGCCUCGGUGAAUCACCACCACUUCCACCUCUAUUACCUGGAACAUAGGCUUUACAUUGAAACAGCUAGGGUCAACCACCUGUGGAGCGAAUGCUACGAAAUCGUAGACUAUCCUGCCAAGGGAUUUGUUUUUCAAGUGACUAAAGACAACAAGGAAACUGUUAUUCAGGAACUGAUGAUACUUGUCCAGAUGCUGCUAAACACUUCUACAGCUCAUAACCUGUUUGUGACGAGGGGUACAAGCUUUAAAUCGGACAAUAUAGAUGGCGUUGAACAACCAGUGGUUCGUGUAUUCCUGUGGGCACGCCAUUCUUGCUACGGUGCAAAAGAUGAGUCUGCAUUCAACGUUGCUCUCUGUGAGCUGUCGGGGCAUCUAAUAAUGAAAAACAACGAAGGAUACCUCGCUGCAACCGAAGACUCUGUCUCACAAGAGCUCCGCAAUUUUUGCGACGACACCUUCGCAGAAGUGCGUUCCCAAGUGGUGGCAAUGAACAGAAACUGCAACAGCAGCCUGCACGCCAGUCCCUCCAACAGCUGACAGCCCUAUAAACUUGUCAUUAGCAUUUUCUUUGUCCAUAAGGGCUUGACGUUUUGUUACCAAAUCGCUAAUAAAGUUGUUUUGUUUAUUUAAGCAA